AUGAGCGAUUUGCGCUCCCUGAUGAAGAGCGCUCGCCGGCUCGAGCACCCGCAGGCAAAGUAUGAUCGUACCGGCAAGCUGACUUGCUCCUUGUGCGCCUUGCCCGUCAAACACGAGAGCCUCUGGGCAGCCCAUACCACUUCAAAACUUCAUCGGGGCAAUGCUCAACGAGCACAGGAAGCUUUGCAGAAGCGUGCGCUCGAAGAAGAGGAUGACGACGGAGGAGUGGAGUCAGACGAGGAGCCUGCGCCCAAGCGAGCACGGAAAGCAUCCGAACCUGCACCUGAAGUCCAAGGCUUGCCAGCUGGGUUCUUCGACGACGCAUCAGAUGCUCAAGCUGCUGCUGCUCAGGACCUACAUCCUGCCGCUUCAACUCGAGCAGAAGAACAGGAGGCACCGGUGGAGGAGGAAGAGGAAGAAGAUCCCGAGUGGGCAGCAUUCAAGCAGACCAUCGCAGCCCCGGAAGAUGAACUAGCAGGCUAUUCGAACGCGGCGAUGACCGUUCGCGGAGAGCCAGUCAUGUUCGACGCGCCUGCUGCUCGAGCCGACGAGACGCAAGAUGGAGGCGACGACGAUGAUGAUGGCGACGGGAAGCCAGAGGAGAGUGAAGCAGAGCGGAAGGAUCGAGAAGAACGCGAGGAGCUCAUGGAACGCAUCGAGAACGAAGAGCGCGAACAGCUAGAGGCAGAUGAGCGCGUUGAGGCGCUCAAGAAGCGGAUGGCUCUCCUCAAGUCUGCCCGUCUAGCGAAAGCCAAGGUGACAACCUGA